UGGAUGCUGCGUCCGAGAGAAGGAGCUCAGGUUCCUCCUGUGCUUGGCAAAAUCCAACCCUCCUCUUCCUAAAAAUAAGGGGGGAUCGGUUGGCUAUUGGCUCCUGCGGUGUGAGGAAUGAAGGGAGCCUGGUUUCAGUCCUGAGAAGAGUGCCCCAAUAGCCAGCUGGAGCGGGUCAGAGAAGCUCUGCAAUGAGCAGACAGCUAUUGCAAAGCAGGAUGCAGCAGGAAUAUCGGAAUGUUUGCGUCCUUCUGCCCAACAGAGAGCAACUCGGUGUAACCGUCGGGGUAAAAGCCACCGGACAGGAGCUCUUCCAGCAAGUUUGUGACUUAGUGAAGAUUAAAGACCCUCACUUCUUUGGCCUCAGUAUUGUUAAAAACAAUGAAUAUGUAUUUAUGGACCUGGAGCAGAAGCUUAGCAAAUACUUCUCGAAGGAAUGGAAGAAAGAGACGAGCAAAGGUACAGAGAAGUUCACCCCUCCUUUUGUUGCCUUCUUCAGAGUACAGUACUAUGUAGAAAAUGGAAGGGCCAUAAGUGACAUGGCAGCGCGGCACCUGUACUACUGCCAUCUCAAGGAGCAGGUGUUGAGGUCUCGGUGCCUCCACAAAGAAGAAAUCUACUUCCUGCUGGCUGCGUAUGGUUUACAGGCUGACUUGGGCAACUAUAUGGAGAAUGUCCAUGUUGGGAAAUAUUUUGAACCUCAAGCCUAUUUCCCACAGUGGAUAAUUGCAAAGAGGGGGAGUGACUAUAUCUUGAAGCAUGCUCCAGAGAUGCACCAAGAACAGCAAGGUCUGACCGCUAAAGAUGCAAUCCUGAAGUUCAUUAAGGAGUCCUGUUUGCUGGAAGAUGUACCUGUCCAUUAUUACAGAUUACAGAAGGAUAAGAAGGAAGAUCGCCCAACAGUUGUCCUGGGCCUCACCCUUAAAGGAAUUCACAUCUAUCAGGAGGUGAACCAUGUCAGCCAGCUGCUCUAUGACUUCCCCUGGUCACACAUUGGGAAACUCGCGUUUCUGGGGAAAAAAUUUGAGAUCCAGCCAGAUGGUUUGCCCUCUGCCCGGAAGCUGGUGUACUACACGGGUUGCCCUUUCCGGUCACGACACUUGCUGCAGCUCCUGAGCAACAGCCACCGACUCUUUCUGAACAUCCAGCCGGUGCUGAAGCAUAUCCGAAAGCUGGAGGAGGCAGAAGAGAAGAAGCGUUAUCGGGAAUCCUACAUCAGUGACACUCUGGAGAUGGACCUUGACCCCUCGGAUAAGCACUCCCAUGGCAGUGGAAGCAGUGGGGGCAGCCGGAGGAACAAUCGACUAUCUCGUCAAUCAACUGGGAGCCACGGCAGCUCGCACACGUCUGGUAUUGAGGCAGAUUCGAGGCACAGGAUGUCAGUGGAAAUGUCAGUGGAUGAGCCCUUCGGUAUCGAUCGGGUUCAUCGGAAGGAGAAAUCAUGCAGCUCGACCGUUAGCUAUGGCAGCUCUGGCAUUGACAGUGGUGGCAAAGGGAGAGCUGAAGAUGACUCUCAGGAUGACGAGGUUGAGCUGGCAGUGGAUGAGCCGGAGGAGGUGCCUGUGGAUGAGCCUGUAGAGAGAAACCAGUUGGAGGAGGCAGCUGAAGGAGAGUCUGUCAGUUCUCUUGCUUUAGAUGCACUUUGCUGUCAAGCCCUUAAGCAGAAGCCUCUCUCUGUGGUACAAGUCACACUGAUAAAAAUGAGAGGCCAAAGUGUGGAAUCUCUUCAUCAGGUGAGACAGCCUAAAGACAGGAGCUGCGCAGACCAGCACAGCCAGAGUUUGGAUGACAUCCGUCUUUACAAGCAUCGGCAUCCACCGCUAAGCUCCACAUUAUCUUCGGACACCUCCCACAGCUACACAUUUGGUUGUGCACUGGAGGAUAAGCUGGCCAACUACGGCUGCGUUUAUUCAACAGCAGACUGCAAAACCAAGUCCGCCCUCUAUGGAAAGAGAUCCAUGAACUGCCUGUCUCUGGAUCUCUUGGGAGAAGACCAGCUGCCGGAGGAGUUUGUGGUGUAGCCAAGUUGGCAAGGUCCUAACCCAAGGAGAUGGCUCAUUAGGGAAAUAAAAGCUACUAUAUAUACCUCAUCAAUGCACGAUACAUUGCUUUUGAUCUCGGAGGUGAUUGGUAAAUGACUUUUGUACCCUAUUAAGGGAUGUAUAAGUAGUGUCACAACCCAACAAACCUGACAAAAGUGCAAGUUUAUUACAGGGCAGCACUUUAAUUAAAAAGAAAAAUACUGGCAUUGGAAUAUCUGUCCUCUACCCAGCGCACAGUUAAAGUGGACUGCCCCAAUAGAAUAGACAAUUUUUUUUAUUUAAAAUACCAGUGGGCAGUUGGCCCAAAACACCUAAUAAGCUAAUAGCACAGAGAGCACAUCUGAAUUGACUUACCUGAAAGGAACUACAGAUUCCACAUUGAUUAUUUUUUUUUAAAGCCACCUAUUUCCUGACCUUUUGUGCCCAUAAUGUUACACUAAUCCAGUGUGUUGGUCCCCUUGAAUUCACUCUACUGAGGCACCUGCUGUCAACUGUCAGUUUUCUGAUAGAACAUAUCUCAGAUUAUCAGCAAUGGGGAUGGACCUUCUGCAGCUCUGUAAUAUCUAUACCUGUCCUGCUCCCUUUGAAAUCAAUGGAAGCUUCACUGUUGGCUUCACUAGGAGCAGGAUCUGCCCCACUGUGGGUUUGUUUCUAGGUUCCCUCCCCCACCAAACCAAAAACAUACCAGCAAUUGUACUGCUGUUUUUUUAAACUGCGUUUUAGAGCAACGAAGUGGGAACCACUGGACACUAACUAUAGCCACAAACCUUCACUAUUGAUCCCUAGAUACAGUCUUCAUCCUCGUUAUUGUUUGGAAAAUAACAGGAUGACUCAGCUGCUUCCAGCAGUUUGGAUUUUGAGGAAGUCAUGACGAAAGUGCUAAUUGAUUGGCUUUUCAGGAAGAAGUGUGACUGGAGAAGUUGUUCAAGGAUGAUGGCUUCUACUUGAAUCAGAGCACUUUUUAAAAAACAACUCAAUUCCAUAUGAAUUCACCCUCAGAGUUUUGGAGGCGGAACAUGGAGAAAAUAGAUUUCAGGGGAUGGCUAGAGUAGUUAUUAGGGAUGAUGCCCAGUUUUGGUUUUGAUUGGGGCAUUCAGCUGGUGAAGGAUGAGACUGUAAGGCACCUGAUGAUAUAUAUUUGUGGUUGUUUCUGUAUCAAAGGUAGUGGUAUGUGGAUUUGGUUUUUUUUUAGUGCUAUGGAGCUGUGCCAGUGUUCUGUGAAAGGAUACAUGCGUUGGUACUAUACGAUAAAAAGUGCUCAUAUUAGGUCUGGAGAUGAGAUGCUUUCUGCCUUCAUUCACAAAAGUGAUGCUAUGUUGUUUUCCCCUUUUUUUCCCACCUGCAGUACUUAGGGGAAAAGAGAAUGACACAACCACCUAUAACCCCAUCGCCAGUUUGCAUCGUGGCGAAUGGAGAGAAAUGAUGUAACGAAUCAAUGUUCCAUACAUCCCCUCAGCAAAGAAUAAUUAUUUUAGAAAAUAAAGCACAAUGAAUGCAAAAUGUCCUCUUGCAGUAUCAAUCUUGCUGCACUAAAGAGUUGAAAAUAGUUGAAUGCAUGUAAGCUGCAGUCAGACCACAGUUAAAAUUGUCAUUGCAGUUUUGAAAGUCAGUUUGCUGGGCCUUUUAAGAGGAAGAUGCUCACUGUGAACCCAGCACAAAUGGAAAACUGCAUUGUAUUACCAUCUUAGGCAGCAGUCAGUUGGACAGUUGCAUUGCAAGUGAACUAUUAAAAUAACCAAGCCAGAAACCCCAUGAUCUCAGUUAUGGUACAAGAUUUCCAUGCAGAUAGCUAUAUCUCACAACAGCAGCUGCAUCAAACAUUGCUCUGUUGAAAAUGUCAGUUAUCCUAUUGUGUUAGAUGACAUUUAACUUACUGUACAUGAGGUUAGGAUUGUUGGUGUUGUCUUCAUUUUUCAGUCAUCCUUUGUUGUUCUGACAAGGAAGUGGUCUUAAACUUAAGAUGCACAAAAGCAGCUAUGUAGCAUGCUCUCAAUAUGUCAUUCUGUCUGACUCAACAUAUUUUCAUUAUCAAGACACAUUUUAUAAAAAACAAUUUUUUUCUCUAUUUUUGGUCAGAAAAUGUCUAGAACAUAUUUGAGCUGGUGGCUGCUUGAGUGCAUGAGUAAAAGUCUGUUGUACUUGCUAUGUGUAUGAGAAUCUUCAUGGUUUACUGGUAACUCUGGAACUCCAUACCUUGGGUCAGUCCUUGAUGGAGCAAAACUCCCUAUGAAGUCACUGGGAGUCUUGUUGAACUCAAGAACUGUAGAACUUGACCGUUUGAGAUUUCCCCAUUCUCAGCACUGUGUCCAUGUGCCAGAUCCUGCAUCCACUAAUGUAAUGUCAUUGAAUACAUUUUUUGAGUCGAAUAGAUGCAAUACUGACCCCAAUAUGUAUUUUUUGAUAGUGUGUCUCUGCCUAUCAGUCACCUAUAACCGUGGUUUAUUCCACUGGUAUUGCUAUUAUUACUUUGUAAUGCUUUAGAAUGAUUUGUAUUAUGCUGAGUUAAUCGGUUUACUUUGACUAUCCAAAGCAAAGCGCAAAACCCCUCUACAUCAUACUUCAUUAUUUUUACUUUGAGUCUAGACAGCUAUAGAGCUUUUAACUCGUACAUUAUCAGUCAAAUCCAGCCCCAGUUUGGUAGUGACCAAAAGUUGCAACCAUUAAAGGCCUAUUGAACAGCAUGUAAAAUGAGUUGGGGAAAGUGGGUUCAUCCAGGAUCAUGCAGACAAGUGACCUCAUUCCAUGGAGACUGAACUUACCUUUUCACUCCUCAACUUGGAGGGACCACCUCAGAGUUGAGAAAUGCUGGUGGGGGUCUGGGGCUGCUUUUGCUGUCCAUGCUGUAGGUCUAUUCUAUCUAAAGAGAGGACUUCAGCCUACAGUGCUGUCACUCGAAUGCUAAAUUCACUCAAUCACUCACCCAUUCUAAUACAAUUCUUCCAGGAAAUCUUCUAUUGUUAAGACUCUCACUUUCAUUUUGGGGAGGUGGAGGGUAAAAAUCCAGCAAAGUAUUUUUUUCUAGAAGUUCUUUGGGGAAAAAUUUUUAUGUGCUGCAUGCUCGCUCACUCUUUUCUAUAAAUAAAUUACCUUUAACAUUUGGAUAUUUGCUAUAGUCUAAUAGACUGAAGUGUUGACUACUUUUUUUUUUAAAGUGCCAGUCUGAUCACUGUCACCAAACAGUGAAGUUAAGUUUUUUAUCACUGAUUUUUGUGCAUGUUAGAAACAAACAAAAAGACCCACAAUUCCAAGGUGAUGUGAAAACUCACUCUCUCUCUACAAUUUUUAAAUUAUUGCUGCCACUAUUUUAAAGUGCUAAGUUUGUGACUCUGAUUUACAAACGAGGUGGAACACCAAUGCCUAAAAGUUAAAGUAGUUCUUGCAUGUGUAUCCAUUGCAUGCAAUUGCUGGUUGUGUGUAAAUAUAUGUAUAUAUUUAUUUAUUGUAGUUGGUGCGGAGAGAAAACUCUCCAAACUUUGGGCAGUCUUAUCCUGUUGGUACAUGCAGCUCAUAUUGAUACUGAUGUAUGCAUAUGAAAGGCAGAAUAGACCCGUUUUCUGUGUAGAUUGAGAGUGACACGCUCUAUAUCUUACAAACACUGUGAAUAUCUAUUAUGCAAUCUUUUUGUAUUCAUGUGACACUACUGUUUUGACUAGUAAUGUACUUUGUUAUCUUUGAGUCUAGAAGUUCUACUUUAUUAUUUGUUUUUGGAUUAGUUGUGGUAGGGGGUAAAAAUAAGCAUUUUAUCUAUGAUGUUAUGAAACCAGCUGCCGAUGUUUGUACAGCUGUAAUAUACUCAUGGUAUAAGUCACUCUAUUUUAAUGGCAAAAGUUUCUCCUUUCCAUGAAAGGAAUCUUUAUUUUUAAAAAUUUAAAUAUAUAUAAAUAUAUGUACACUUGUA